CCAGUUUGGCAUUAUCGACGUGCGGGAGCGAAAAUUACAGGUUAUUCGACGAAAUGAAAUAACGGGAUAGUCUUCUCGGCAAACAGGAGCAUGAAGCAGACACGACGCGAGCUGCAGCCUCUCGGCAAACGAUUCGGAAAACUGGAUCUCGAUCGAGUUGGUAAAGGUUUUUUCACGAUCCAUCGCCGGCACCCUUCGACAAGUACACCGGAACAACUGUAAAGUUUCGGGAGGGCAUCGAGAAGGGACGUCAACUGCACCCUGGCCCACCCACACCCUUAUUCGAACAGAAAUUCACGCGAAUUUUCUACGGAGAGGCGUUGAAUGAACCAUGGCGAUCGCAGCCGAAAGAUCGGUUGCAUUUACCGAGCUAAAGGAGUGUAGCUGAUAGCACGACUGUUUCGCAGCUGAAACGCGAAGAGGCGAAAAUCGCCGGCCGCUUGUUACCACCGUCGCCGGCACAAAAUCACGCGACACCGGGCGAUUAUUAUGGGUGUUUCGAGAAAAUCAGUUACUUCAGUCCCGCUUUGAAAGAAGAGAGAAAGAAGCAACGCGUACCGGAGCUACCGAACGUGAAGAUCAAGCCUAAUCCACGAGGAGGACCAGGAUACGCGGAUAUCGGCAUGAGCCCUUACCCGACUUACUCCCACGAGCCGUAUGAUCGCGAAAUAAGAUUCAGAAAAGGAAAACCUGUUGGUCGAUUCCUGAGUGCCAGCGCGCCACUCGAUUUUUUCCCACCGAAUCCUUACGAGGAUCAAGAGCCGGGACUCUACUAUAUACCCCCGGAUGAAGCUAAAACAACAAUGCUGCCACCCGGUCGAAUUUAUGUCCCCUUCCCGAAGAAACCGGGCGGUAAUCACUCGGGCUGUUUUGAAAAAUUUCCGAGCUACUCCAGUGAUCCUUACAUCAAGGACAAGGAGAAGAAAAAGGAACUGGGUCCAUUCCUCGCCGGCGCGCCAACCUCCCGAUCAAAAUACACUAAUAGCACCAUAAAUUAUGUCACCGCAAUUUCCUGUAACGCGCAAAAUUACCACGACUAUCAGGCACGUGUUUAUCCAUUGGACAAAUGAGACUCGUCACUGUUUCGUAUACACUCGAUAGAAAAAGUCUACCUAUAGCUUUUAAAACGGCAUAAUUUUUUGUUUUAAAUCGGACCAAACGACACGGUCAUUGUUGAGGGGUUAAAAGAUCUAGUUCAUUGGACAAUGGGUAAACACAUUUUUACAUAACAUGUAACUGGUUGGAGUGACAAAAAAAUUAAAGAACGAUGUUAUAUGCA